UGUCCUGCCCAUUAGCUUCUCAGCACUGUGCGUCGGGGCAGUUCUUCCGGCCGGUGUGGGUCGACUGACCGCGACGCAGCGGUCAUGAGCCGGCCUAGCCGGUUGCAGAGGCAAGUUCUGAGCCUGUACCGCGAGCUGCUGCGCGCCGGGCGCGGGACGCCGGGCGCCGAGGCGCGGGUGCGGGCCGAGUUCCGGCAGCACGCCAGCCUUCCGCGCUCCGACGUGCUGCGUAUCGAGUAUCUGUAUCGCCGGGGACGGCGCCAGCUCCAGCUGCUGCGUUCCGGCCACGCCACGGCCAUGGGUACCUUCGUGCGCCCGCGGGGUCCGGCUGAGGAACCCGGGGACGCGGCAGCCCCGGGGACCAGGCUGGGUGAUAGCGGUGCCCCAAAGAAUCCUUGUGAAGGCACAGGGGCGCGGGAGACGCGAUCCGAUGGACGGUGACACACAGACCCAGAGAAAGGUUCCUUCUGACAGUUUGGGGAGGAUCGGAAACUCAUCUCAAUGGAAGCUGAGAUGUCUUGAGAGACAACUGAGUUUUCUCGACGCAUGAUGAGACAUCAGACACUCCCUCGCCAAGGAGGUUCCGGGCAUCCCGUGGCACCGGCGGGCUGCACGGUGCACGCUGUGAUACACCAACCCAAAGUCAGAGAGCACAGACGCACUUUCUCCCCGCCUCGAGGCCGUGACACCUCUUGACUGACUUCUGAGAACACACCCACCUCCCCACUUUCCGCCCUUUGCUGUUUUUAAUGCCGAGAAAACUGACUUUUUGCCGCGCAGGUUUAAUAGAACACCCUGAUGAAGCGUGAGAAACUUGUCAGUCUGACUGGUUGUGAAGAACCAGGAUUGUAAGGGAGGUUACAGUAGCUCAUCCCCGCGGAUGAGCCCGAGACUCCUGGAGACUCCCUAGGCCCUACUCCUGUUAGUCUUCCUCAGGAUUCUGGUAUAAAGGGAAUAAAUGUGAAGUGUGCUCACUUCCAUGUUGAUUGUCUUAACAA